UCCCCCCCUUUUUUAAUUUUUUUUCUUUUUUUUCUCCCUUCCCCCCCCUCACCAUUUCCCCUCGGAGGCGCUUCCCCCGGGCAGGGGCAGAGCCGGUCUCCACCCCCGCCUCUCCCCGGCCCCCGCCGCCCUAUGGCGAUUGGGAGCCCCCUCCCCACCCGGGCACUCGCGGCGGCGGUGGCGGCGGCGGCGGCGGCCUCAGCCUCAGCUUCGGGUCCGGGGGCAUCAUGGAACUAGUUCGCUGAGCUGCCCCGGCUGGCGGCCGUGCGACCCCCGCCGAGCGCCAGCUCCCUCUCCCGCUCCCGGCCCCGGGCGCCCCCCUCUUCUCCCUCCCCGUCGGGCCCCCGCCUCGUCCCGCGCGCCCCGCCGCCGCGCGCCCCGCAAGAUGAGGUGGUAACGGGCCCCCCGGAUGACCCGGCGUCGCCACUUGGAAGCCUACAGCUCUGCCGGGGAGGAGGAGGAGGAGGAGGAGGAAGAGGAGGAGGAGGAGAAGGUAGCUACAUCAAGCCGGGUAGCAGGCAGAUCCAAAGGAUAUCAUGAAGUUUCCAGGGCCUUUGGAAAACCAGAGAUUGUCUUUCCUGUUGGAAAAGGCGAUCUCUAGGGAAGCUCAGAUGUGGAAGGUGAAUGUGCCCAAAAUGCCCACAAAUCAGAAUGUUUCUCCAUCCCAGAGAGAUGAAGUAAUUCAAUGGUUGGCCAAACUAAAGUACCAAUUCAACCUUUACCCUGAAACAUUUGCUCUGGCCAGCAGCCUUUUGGACAGGUUUUUAGCUACUGUAAAGGCUCACCCAAAAUACUUGAAUUGUAUUGCAAUCAGCUGCUUUUUCCUAGCUGCCAAGACCAUUGAGGAAGAUGAGAGAAUUCCAGUACUGAAGGUGUUGGCAAGAGACAGUUUCUGUGGGUGCUCUUCAUCUGAAAUUCUGAGGAUGGAGAGAAUUAUUCUGGAUAAGUUGAACUGGGAUCUUCACACAGCCACACCAUUGGAUUUUCUUCACAUUUUCCAUGCCAUUGCAGUGUCCACUAGGCCUCAGCUACUUUUUAAUUUGCCCAAACUGAGCCCGUCUCAGCAUUUGACAGUCCUUACCAAGCAACUCCUGCACUGUAUGGCCUGCAGCCAGUUCCUGCAAUUCAAGGGUUCCAUGCUUGCUCUGGCUGUGGUUAGUCUGGAGAUGGAGAAACUCCUUCCUGAUUGGCUUUCUCUUACGAUUGAACUGCUUCAGAAAGCACAGAUGGAUAGUUCCCAGCUGAUCCACUGCCGGGAGCUGCUGGCGCACCAUCUCUCCACCCUGCAGUCGGCCCUGCCUCUCAAUUCCGUUUAUGUCUACCGUCCCCUCAAGCACACCCUGGUGACCUGUGACCGAGGAGUGUUCAGGUUUCAGCCCUCCUCUGUCCCAGGCCCAGAUUUCUCCAAGGACAGCAGCAAACCAGAAGUGCCAGUCAGAGGUGCAGCAGCUUUGUGCCACCGGCGGCCGGCGGCCGGCGGCGGGUGCAAGCACACCUCUGCGAAACGCAAGGUGGAGGCGAUGGAGGUGGAUGACUUCUACGACGGGAUCAAACGGCUCUACAACGAAGACAGCGCCUCCGACAGCGUGGGCUCCGUGUGCGGCACCGACCUCGCGAGGCAAGAGGGCCAUCCCUCCCCUUGUCCGCCUUUGCAGCCUGUUUCUGUCAUGUAGGUUCCGACGUCGCCUUCAGGUACAAACCAAGGUAGACUAUUCUGGGAAUGGGAAUACGGAAGAUCAGGGAAGGCUAUCUAUACUUAUAAAUUCACGUCAGGCUGGUUUAGAACUAGCCAGAAAAAAAUUUUUCCUGUGUGGCGAAUCUAAUUUAACGUUAUUUAAGCACUUAAGGUGUGAAAUUCAGAAGAUCCAAAACAUUUCCAAGGUAAAAAAAAAUCUUUUGUAGUAUUUGUCAUUCCCUCCCAUUUCUCUAAAAUGUAAUAUAGAUUGCCCCGUGUCAAAACUUCACAUUAAAUGUUCUUUUUGAAUUUCAAAAAUGCAUAGCUAGCAAUCCCUGUCCUGCUUUAAUUUCCCUCUUGCUUGCUUUAUUAAAAUUUUAAUGGAUUUUAAUGCAUGUUGACCUGUAGUCUGGCUUCCACCGAUUAGGAAACCCCAAAAUUCUUUUUUAGCAAUUUUGUGAACAAUGAUUUUUCAGUGUGACCGUCAUGUUUGAUUCAUGAUUUGAAUUUGAAUUUACUGAAUAAGGGUACUUUGAAAUUGUCCCCAUGUGAAUCAGAGGUGGUAACAGAAAAAAGGACUCACGACCACAUUGAUUUGUUUUUUUCUUUUUGGGUCACACCCGGCGAUGCUCGGGGGUUACUCCUGGCUUUGCACUCAGGAAUCACUCCUGGCGGUGCUCGGGAGACCAUAUGGGAUGCUGGGAAUCGAACCCGGGUCGGCUGUGUGCAAGGUAAUGUCGCCCUACCUGCUGUGCUAUUGCUCCAGCCCCCCCGCAUUGAUUUUUGUUGUCAUCUCAUAUGCGUUUCUAGAGUUUGGAAGCAACAGUAUUUUCAUUUCUGUUUAUUUUAAAAGUGAAUCUUAAAAGUGGCAUGUAAUUAGGACACUUCAUAUUUGUUGAAAGCAUUUUUGACAUUUGUAUAAAAUAAUUUGAUAAAGUUAAUAUAUCCAGGUGCUCACCAAAGAAACAUGUAGUAACUAAAAUAGAUUUUGUUUGUAACUUGUCAUAAAAUCAGCAGGAGAGACUGUCUAGAUGUUGGGACAGCUCUGAUUUGGCUCCGUAACAUAACUGGAUUCAGUAUCCCUUACAUUAAGCUCUUAGGAUUUUCUCCAUGAAGGUUAUUCCCCGUGACUCCUUGGCCUACCUGUAUUUCUCUUAAUGACUUGGAUCCUGACCUCCCUGUGCAGUCUGAAGAAGGUAUUGCAGUUCAAACCAUGUACCGCUGAUAAAAGCCUCUGGUAGCAAUAAAAAGUUGUCCAUCA